GUGCCAAGCUACUGCACAAAAAUUCUCAGUGGAAAUAAUAAAGUCGCAGAAGAAAAACGAUGCGAUAGUGAAAAUUAUGUUUAAGAAUUGAACGGAAGUGAAAUCGAGUGUAGAGUGAUACAUUGUCUAAUAAAUCAAAAUAUGUCUACAACAUUUCUUGCUGUUUUUGCAAUCAUAUUCAUAAUAUUAUUCAGAUUAUUAAAUGUGAAUUCAUCUCCCCGUAAGCCACGGAUUUUUUGUUGUGAUACUUCGUUUAAAGAAUGUAUAGAAAAGAUCUGCAAUACGGAGCUUGCCGAAUAUUACAUACCGACUAGACUUUGGGGCUUUUCUGGUCAUGUACAGACGAUUCUACAAUCGUUGAUAGGUCGGGUCAAAUGUCCAUGGCCCUUAGGCGAAAGAGUGUACAUUUCACUUCACGAUGGCUCUACUUUGACUUAUGAUCUUUAUCAACCUUUAAAUCAAAAUCACGAUGAUGACAUCACUGUUGCAGUUUGUCCAGGUGUUGGAAACUCAUCGGAGAGUGUCUACAUUCGGACAUUUGUGCAUUACGCUCAAUGCCAUGGCUACAGAAUUGCAGUGUUGAAUCACAUUGGCGUCAUCGAUACUAUUAAAGUUACAUCAGCAAGAAUAUUCACUUAUGGAUAUGAUGCAAAUAUUGCAACACAAUGUUUGUUAAAAUGGCAAAAUUUUCAACGUUUCUACUUGUACAUUCUCACUGAGAAUGUAAAGGGAAUCAUAAUGAAGCAUCGAAAUGUUCUCUUAUCUGAUGACGUUAAGCGGAGGUUUGGUUUAAAUGAAAGAGAAAUAGCUGCAGCUGCUACACUUCCAGAACUUGACGAUGCAUACACGAGAAAGAUUCAUAAUUUCCCUUCAACAAAUGAGAUGUAUAAAUGGAGCUCUUGUAUUAAUUAUUUGCCGAAUAUCGAGAAGCCCGUUGUAUUCAUAAACUCUUUAGACGACCCAUUGGUGCCUGAAGUUUUAUUGCAUCCGAUUAGAAAUUUUGUUGAAACGCAUCCGAAGGCUUUGUACAUCGAAUGUCAACAUGGUGGUCACUUAGGAUUUUAUGAAGGAGGUUUGAUCAAUCCAAAUCCGCUAACAUGGCUUGACCGUAUACUUGUCUCACUGCUAGGCGGUCUCGCAUUCGCUCACAAUGAUAUUGCCAUGAAGAAAUCAACGAAAAUGACAAUGUAGAAAAAAUUCCUAGCGAUCCUUCCGAGAGGGUCGUGGAAUUUGAUGCUCAUUUUUUUCAACUAUAUUAAAACGGGAAUUUUCAGAUUUCUAAGCAGAAAACAUUAGAUUUUUUAAACAAACUAAAAAGGAAAUUUUUGAGCGAGAUUUUUUACAAUGAAGGAUAAGGAAAUGUUCGGCACAAUUUUAAUUAAAGAUUUGUAUUGAAGGAAUGUAAAAGGAAAAACGUUUAAGAAAAAACCCUGGAACUGAGUCAUGUCACAAUUUUCUAAGAAAAUGUUAGUUGAAUACGAGUAAAGCUGAUAAAAGCUCCGUCAAACGGAAAUUAAAUGUGAAGUUUAAAAUAAAAAUUAAAUGAAAAAAUAUCUGAAUGUGAUAUAUUUAAAGGAACUUCACAUAUACACAUAAUAUUGUCUCAUGGAAACUUAAAAAAUAUUAAUAAGCUUUUAGGCUGUAAUUUAAACAAAUUAUGAUUAAAUUGUAGAACGUUGAGCUUACGGGAAAAGUGCUUUGCGGAUUUAAAACAAAAAGAGGAAUAAUUGAGGUUUUAUACGACAUUUUUCUUGAUGAGAGUGAAUUAAUUAUUUCAAACAACUUUAAUUUAUAGUCAGCAUUUAAUCGUUUAGCGUUCUUUAGAGCCACAAAAUUACAUUCCUUAGAUCAGUUGAUUUCAAAGCAUGAACCAGUUAGUAUCGUAAAUAUUUAAAAUUCAAUUUUUGGCUUAUAAAAUUUCUAGCUGACAGCUUUUUUUUUACCUUAACUAAAGAUUCUUAGAUCAUCAUUGUCGUUUUUUCUUUUUUUUCAAUGAUUUCAAUUUUAUCUAUUUGACAAUAUUUCAGAUUUUGAUGAGAACUUUAGAAAAAUAGCUGAAAGAAAUUAAUGUUUUCACAAAAUGAUGUUCGAACAUUUAAUUGAUGUAACACAAUACCAAAUAUUAAUAAAAAUAUAUAAUUUUAUGUCUGAAAACAAAUCUGAAACAAA